GUGUUGUUAGAUCUUCAAAGUAGUGCAUGUUGAAACAGCAGGUAUGUGUUUAUGAUACGUAAAUACAUGGAUCUGACGAUAAAACACUUCGGUAACUUGGAAAACGAAUAAGUUUGGUUGAGCAGAGGAGCAGGUGAAACGCUUUGAAAGUGAUGUCGCUGGUACCUGACUGCCGGUCAUUGUUUGACUGCACCCAGGACCCAGGUCUACUGGAUGGGCUGCAAGAGGUCAAUUCUGUCCAGAGUCUGACCCUACCUGCUCAGACACACUCUCCACAUGAAGACGAAGGCACCGAGGUUGAUAGCAGUAAGAGGGAUGCCUUGACCACCGAGGUGUCAGACAGGAUGUUUUGCUCGGCCUGCCAGUGUCCCUUCGAUAGCCGAGAGGAACAGAUCGAACACUACAAGCUGGACUGGCAUCGGUUUAACCUGAGACAGAGGCUUCUGGGGGGACUGCUGACAACUGCAGAGGAGUUUGAGACGAGGACAGGCGCAGGUGACCUAUCCAGCAUCUCUGGUUCGGACUCUGACGACGAGGAUGUCUCCGACAGUGACUGGGGUUACCGUGGCGAUGGUGACAGCACCUCCGCUGGGACAGACAGCCCUCCAGAGGCCCUGAACAAACGCCCAUCCUGCAGAGUUGUCUUCCGGAACACCAGGGGGCAGUAUCUGUCAGUCUACCGCUGCAUACUGCAAAGCAACAAGAUGGAAAGCGAGACUAUGCUUGCAGCCUCUCUCCAGAAUCUCAGUAACAAGUCUGUGUGGGUCAUCCUGAUGACUGGAGGAGGACACUUUGCAGGCGCCGUUUUCCAAGGGAGGGAAGUUCUGCAGCACAAGACUUUUCAUCGAUACACCGUGCGAGCGAAGCGGGGCACAGCACAGGGGCUCCGGGAUGGGCAGAACCGCAGCCACGCGCCCAAAUCUGCCGGCGCUGCCCUGCGCAGGUACAACGAGGCUGCUCUGGUUAAGGAUAUUCAGAACCUGCUGGAGAGCUGGUCAGAGCACCUGAAGGAAGCCAGCGCCAUCUUCCUGCGGUGCCCCAGCUAUAGCCGUGCCAUGUUCAUCGGGGGCAAGGCUGCUCCACUGGACAGGAGUGACCCACGUCUGCGCACCCUGCCCUUCCCCACCCGUCGCGCCACCUUCCGAGAGAUCAAGAAAGUGCACGAGAUCCUCGCCACCCUGCACAUCUACGGGAAAGACACUGAAAUCGCAGACAUAUGUAGUCCACUGAAGAAAGCGCGGAAGAAGGUGUCUAAACCUGCACAAAAAGAGGAUGCAGAGGAGAAGGCCCCAGUGCCUACAGAGGAGAGCUCUGAGGAGGAGAGCCCUUCGGGGGAGCUGGAGACGGUGGAGCUGACCCUGGGAACCCUGGAGCUCCGGGAGUUUGAGAUCUACCCUCGCAAGAAGAGAAGGAAGAAAAAGAAGGGUGGAAAUAGAGCAACUAGAGGAGAGGCUGCUACAGGAGAUCAGGAAGAGAUAGAGGAGGGGGAGAGGGAGGAAUCUGAGGCAGCAGAGCUGAGAGCCACUGAAGAGGGAAGUGAGAUCAAGGGAACAGGGAGGAGGAAACCCAGGAAGAACAAGGUGGCCCAGAAUGAGCAUAUGGACCGAGAGAGUCUAGAGUACAGCCUGCGAGACACCCUUUUCACAGCCUGUAAGAUCGGAGACGUGGCGACCCUGCGUAGUCUGCUCCAGCUCCAGGAAGGUAGCCCAGGCAGCUUCCAGGCUACAGAGGGAGGAGGCUGUCCGCUCCAGGUGCCUGCUGCUGUCCACCUCCUGAACCAGGAGAUAGACUCUUCAGGGUUCAGGCUGCUGCAUGUGGCCUCUGUGGCCGGACAGAGAGCUGUCAUCAGGCUGCUGCUGGAUGCUGGCAGUGACCCUGCAUGCAGAGACAAGAAAGGACAAUCUCCAUACUCAGUGAGUACUGAUAAGGAUACAAGGAAUGAGUUUCGCAAAUACAUGGCUGACCACCCUGACAAAUACGACUACAACAAGGCACAGGUCCCCGGACCCUUGACAGCCGAGAUCGAGUUAAAGAAAGCAGAGAAGAAACGAGCGCAGAAAGCAUUGAAGAAACACCGCGAGAAGGAGCAGAGGGAGGAGAGGAAGCUGAAAGAGGAAGAGGAGCUGGAGAAGAGGAGAUACGCGGCACUUGGCGAGAGAGAAAAGCGCGCCCUGGCUGCUGAGAGAAGGUUGGUUCAACAGAUGGCUGCAAGUGGGAGCACACUUUCUAAUACCAGGCGCUGCUGGCAAUGUGGGGAGUCCUUGCUGGGAAAAAUCCCCUUUGAGUACCUGGAUUUCUCCUUUUGUACAAUCCGCUGCCUACAAGAGCAUAAGAGGAGCCGCUCCACAACAAAGCCUUGAAGCAGGAGGAGAGGAGCCUGCCUGCCUGGACAGGGAGAACAGUGUGGGAGAAAAGAGCUUAAUUGACCCUGUGAGCCUUCCUAAGCAUUGGGGCAAUUUACUUCCAGAUUGUGCCGCCAUAAAUUCUCAAUUUUAUAAUCUGGUGUGGACCUUGUUUAGCCUAGGCCUUUGGUGAAAUAAAAGCAGCAAUUAAAUGAUGAUAUUGACCAUCGCUUUAGGACUGCAAAGUUGGUUCUUGCUUGGUUUGCAAAUGACCAUAUUCUACUAUGCAAUUACUGUGGUACAGUAUAUCAAGGUUUUAUAAUACUUUACUAUGAUGCAUCAUUCUUGUAAUUUUACCAUGCUUUCCACUAAGCUGUGCUACCUCUAUUGAAGCUGUUCUUUUACCUGGUAUACCACAGUGUUUCUUUUAACCUGACCAGUUAUUAAAUCAUUAAUCUGGCAAUCUCCCAACUGCAUAUUUGGGCUGUUUCAAAAUCUGUACUUUUUUUUUUUUUUUUUUUUUUUUUAUAAUGCAAUGCCAACAGAAGAUAUAUUUACCUUUUAAUUAUGUAACAAUAUUGCAAGAAGUCAUCAGUUACAGAAAAAAACAAAAACUGAUCAUAAUGUUUGUACUUGAAGUACAGUGAAUAAAAUGUAUUAAGCCUGCACCAUGCUUUGUAGCUCUGCAUUCUUCCAGG